AUGCAAUUCAUCACUGGACAAAAACUGGCACUUCACCAAUUGUUGCAGACAGAGACACAGUUUAAACUACGUGUACAGGUUCAAGCACCUUUUGAAAUCGAUAUUUCUAGUUUUGGUAUUGCGCCAAACGAUAAACUUUUCCAUGAUGAUUAUAUGACUUUCUAUAAUCAGCCACAGACUCCGAAAGGCGAAGUUCAAUAUCAGCUUCAAGGCAACAUGCAUAGUUUUGCCUUUGAUUUAAAUAAGAUAGAUACAGCGCGAACAUCACGUUUUGUGAUCUGUGCCACUUUAUCCAAUGAGCAGUCUCAAAUCCACAAUAUACAAUCGAUUCUGGUCGAGUUAUGCAAUCAACAAGGGCAGGUGCUUGCGAGUUAUCUUUUAAAUGGUUCUAAUUUUAGCCAAGAAAAAGCUGUGAUGCUGACUGAGAUUUACUUUAAAAGUGAUGCUUGGCGUAUCGCUGCAAUUGGUCAAGGUUUUAAUGGUGGCUUAAAGGCUUUGGUUGAGCACUUUGGAGGAGAAGUUGAAGAAAGUGCAGCAGCUGCUCCAUCUACAAUCAAGGCGGUCAUCCAAAGUGGAAAGCUGGUGCACGUUACAAUAAUGAACCUGCUGUACUUGAAGCCGUGA